AUGAGUGAAAAAGAAAAGCGUCAAAUCGUCAAUAAAGAUAAAAUCCACGUUAUUAUCAGCUUGUUUUCGUAUUUAAUUCACUAAACAGUAAAAUGUUAAAUCUCUGAGUUGAACGUACUUCUUUUGUAGUCGCUAACCGAACGGUUGUGUCCGGAGAAACGUAACCAAACAUGGCAAGGUCGCCAAAGGAUGAUCCCAUAUACAAUGACAUGCAGUGGAAUUACCGUGCGGAGACCGCCGAGAACUGCGCACCCGGUGGCCUGAAUGAGAGGAAACAGCCCCCAAUCUCAUCUACUGCCGGUGUGAUGAAUGAUAACAGUGUUUACACGAACGCAAAUUAUCCUAACGAUGUUUACUUGAGCAAACACUUCAACGUGCAAGCGGGCGAUGCGGUUGCAAACAAUGAAGAAAAGGUCGCCUUCAACAACAUGCCCCGCGGGAACCGGCAGAAUUACGGCAAUGCCAUGCUUAACUUGGGCAAUGGACAGCUAGUAAGAGUGAUUUACGAUGAGAAUAACCAACAAUUGAUAUUUCCAAUGAACGGUCAGUAUGAACUCUUUAAUCCCAAUCAAGGCCUUAGGGAAAUGCCACUACAGACGGCCCAGCCACCUCACAUGUUCACUUUGAACCAGGAAUAUUCCAUGAACAAUAAUGUGCAUGUUCAGCAGCCUACUACUGUACAAAACAACACAUUUACCCAAGAGAACCAGAAUGUGCCGACGUCUAAUUUCUUAAAAGAAGUGUUAGGUAACUGGGAGCCCAAUUCAUCAGGGACCUAUUCACCAUUUGGUCAGAAUUAUCCUCUAAAUCACCCUGAUGCACCAACUUUGAGCAUGCAUCAGUCUCCAGUGAUGGAGCCAAUCACUCAAACUGCAAAGCCAGAGAACUCGCCUAAAAGGAACGAGAAUAGUCCUCUAGCUGACACAAGCAACAAGAAACGCAUUGUAGCUGAAGUGAAACCCAUGCGUCCAACAUACUCUGAUGUGCUUGCCAAAAAUACAAAAAACAAUGCUCAAACAGAAGCUACACGUAAAACAAAGCCACUAAACAUAGAGAGCAAGCCUGCAAACAAACCCAGCAAGCCUGAAAAGCCCCCUGCUAACCCCAAGCAUGAUGAUAACAAACAGAAGAACGAAAAGAAACCUCAUACAAGCACAAUUUCCUCUGGCAGUGAGUCCGGUGAUAUUACCACUGAUGACAUUGACAAACGUCACAAGCCAAAUAAGAAGUCAAAGAACAAACGGAGCAACAUUUCUCGCAAAUGGUCUUCUCUAGAUGACAUAACCAAUGAAGAGGACGCCGGCUACAAUGAUAAUGAGAGCCAGUUUGUCUUCAUAGAAAACCAAUCAGAGAAGCCAUUGAAAAAGGAGAAGAAAUCUGAUCAUAAUAAUAAGUCUAAGAAUUUUGACAAGGGUUCUAUAUUUGAGGAUGAUUUCAAGUUGGACGAGGACGGUGAUCAGUUUGCGUAUCAGGACGGUCAGGCGGAGACCAAGUCUAGGAAAAAGAAGGACCGUAGUUACCAUAAGGCGGCCAAGCCAUCGCAGGAUAAGAAGAAAGGCGCUCAGAUUAAACUGAGACGGAACAAACCUGGUUACUUGGGUCUGGCACAGAAUUACUUGGAGCACUGGGUGGAGGUGACCUGGAAGGCUGUCAUUUGGUUCCUCUACCUGCUCUCUGAUAUCUGUCGCAUGAGCGCCCAUCUGUCCUUUGAUCUAUGUACAUCAAUGUUCACACAGACAUACGUGAGCUCGCAAGCAGUGUGGAGGAGCAGCAAGGAGUACAUAGCUCGCGUCGGCCACAACAGGUUCCUACAGUACAUCGACCGCAAGAUCGGACACACUCGCUUCGGAUUCUGGAGGAAAUUCAAAUGGUUUAAAAAAGAAUCAGAUGGAGACAAUGGCAAUGACUCAACUAAACUGAACGCUAACAUACCUUUGCCGGCGACCGGCGAAGAAGCUAUGAAGCGACUACUAGCUUGCAAAGGAAAGGAUCCUUAUAGCAUACUCGGCGUGAGCGUGUCCUGCACGGAUGAGGAGAUCAAGCGGUACUACCGGCGGCAGGCGUUCCUGGUGCACCCGGACAAGAACCAGCAGCCCGGCGCCGAGGAGGCCUUCAAGAUACUGCAGCACGCGUUCGACCUCAUCGGGGAGCCCGAGCGCCGCGAAGCGUACGAGCGUCGUGCGCUGGAGUCGCGGCACGUGGAGGCGGCGUGGAGCGAGCUCAGCCAGCUGCUGGCCCAACUGCACGAUAAGAUGGAGUUCGCCGCCAACACCAUCAGGUGCACCAACUGCGGGCGACGCCACAAGCGCGUGCUCACGGACCGGCCCUGCUACGCGGCGAGGUACUGCGUGCAGUGCAAGAUACGACACUCCGCUAAAGAGGGCGACAUCUGGGCCGAGUCCAGCAUGAUGGGUCUCCUGGUGAUGUACUACGCGUGCAUGGACGGCGGCGUCUACCAGAUCACACAGUGGGCCAGCUGCCAGAAGAAAAACCUGAAGCAGCUGCGGCCCGACUGCCACGUGGUGCAAUACCGCAUCGUGCUGGGCAAUAAAGCCACCGCCGCCGACACACCGCCGAGACCUUCCACCGGCCACGACCCGAACCUGGAGGAGUUCCUGAACAACCUGUACAGCAAGUCGGGCGCCGCGCCGCCCGCCGCCGCCGGCCCGCCCGCCCCCGACGACGGGAAGAAGCGCCGUGCCAAGAAGACUAAAGCUUGAACACAUGCCCUCAAACCCUGGCCGACGUUCACCUGACGAAACGCGAUACUAGAAGUAAUCUUUUAUUUGUCAUAUUUGAGUUCUUAAAAAAAAAGGAGACAUGUAUUAAGAUAGAUAAACGUCGCGACAAGGAUCUUUCGGUACGUGAUCAUAACAGCCAAGAGGACCACCUAGUCAAAUGAAAUAGUUUUUACGAAACGUCAAAACGAUACAUUUCUAUGGAAUUUGUAUCGAAACACGUGUGACGUCAUCAGUAAACGUGGUCACUCGUCGAACUCUUUGUUAUGUAAUUCUUAAUACAAAUUUUAAAACCAACCAAAAACGAAAAUGAGAUUGAUUUUUAAUCACCUGUAAUUCUUAAUUCAAAUUCGAAAAUGAGUCAAAGAGAAAAAAAUAUUGAUUUUUAAACUGGCUUCUAUUUCUAGAUUGGCGUUUUAAAGUUUAUCUUUGAUCCGAACUAACUAACCGCAUCUUAUAUCCUAUGAAAACAUAUUUUUUGAUAAUUGUUUUAAAUGGAGUAUGUAUGGAGAUAGCGUCCUAAUGUCAAUGACAUCUAUGUGCCAAAAUGGGGUCUAAAAAUUCCACAUUGAAGCAAUUCAUCUGAAAUAUUGCUUUCAUAUGAAUGAGGAUAAAAACUGUCUAUUUCUCCCAUCAGGUGUCGCUACUGUUGAGUGUUCUUACAUUUUGACAGUUCCCCAUACUAUUUGAGUAAACAAACAUACUGUUUUGGUUAUAUUUUUACACUAUGACCCUUUGUGCAGCGUUUAACUGCAAAAUCAUAGUGUUAUAUUUAUUACCUAAAGAUCGGAAAGAAGAAAACAUAGAAAAGCUUAUUUUCAACCAAAACUGCCUUAUUCCAACUGAUGGCUUUUCUUUUUCGUAACUCAUCCUUCAGACGGGAUACACGUUGCUUUACAUUUUAUAGCAAUUUAUCGCGAAUAGAAUAGGCAUUAUGGAGAACUGUCAAAAUUUAGGAACUCUCAACAGUGCUUCCGCCUACAUAUGAACUUCUAGUUUUUAUCCACAAUGUAGCCUUUUUGACCCCCAAGAUCCUUGCCGACCUACAGACGAUGAAAAGUUAAAGCAGGCAGUUCGAUAGAUCUCAUACCGUAUUACUGAUACCACCAGCUGUUAUAAUAGUCUAAUGUUCAAUAUUGCAUUUCGUCAGGUAAAAUGUCCCCAUGCUAACAUAAUGGCUGGCAAGGAAAACAAAUUACAUGUUCCAAAUGAUUUUAAAUGUAAAUUAUUCUAUUUUCAAAAUGUUUUAAUUCAAAAAAAUUGCGUUCCCAUUUCAAAUUAUUGCUUUUUCAAUAAGUUUAAAAAAAAAAUGUUCCCAAUUCAUACUUGCAAACCGAAGCCUUACACCUAUUACAUACGACCUUACACAUAUUAGGUAAUGUCGAUUGCAGGCCAAGAGUUAAGCUAAGUUACUUUAGCUCACUCGCACACAAAUACGGAACGUGAAUGACAGCUAUGCGAGCUAAGAUUAAACUAACUUAGCUUAGUUCGCGGUCUGCAACCAGUAACUUCUGUCCACUAUGCACAUAGUUUUAUGUGGCGCUGCUUGACAGUAUUAUACGUACAUAAACUCACGCCCGUAAUCCCUAAUAGGGUGUAGUAAUCAAAGACAACAUUUUUUUUAUCGUCUGGAUUUUUUUAUUCAUUCAGAUGGCAUACAGUAAAGCCUCGUAUCCACUAGACAACAAUUACCGCGCAACAAGUGACGCUCAACAUGGACGGGGCUUUUCGGCGGGAAACGGGAACGGGACAGUUGCUUUCUUCAUUGAGUAAUCUAAAUAAUUAAUACGAAGUGGUGUUUUGUGGUUAAUGAUUGCAUUAAGUUAGUCGGAAGACAUUCGCGAGUGUUAUUAUAUUGGAGUAUUCAAUAAACAAAGUGUAUCUGCCUAUUUUCGCUUCGUGCCGGGAAGCCGCUUCAUAACUCAAAAGUUUAUGCGGACUUUUGAGUUAAUUCGUUUGGGGUUCGGAGUAGGAGUCUACUCCGAGGGUGGGGGCUUAGGUUUCAUCAUCAUCACCUUUCAUCAUUUCAUUAAUCAUCAAGAAAAAAAAAUACGUCAGACAUGGCUGUAUGGGCAUAGUUCCCUUUGCCUUACCCUUCGGGGAAAACCAAAAAAAAAAUCAACAUGGACGGCAACGUUGCACAACAGCGCGCGACGUUGCCAGCUGGACCGCAACAUGUCGCGCGUAUUGUUGUUUGUUUAGAGAGCAUCGCUAGUUGAGCAUCAAUUGUUGUCGGGUGGUGACGUGACGCGCGUCAACACUAGUUCCUCUGGCGACAUGUUGUCGACAGACGUGUAGGAGUUGCGUCGACAAACGUGUUUAUUUAAAAAAAAAUUUUUUUUCUUUGCCAGUCAUCCGCUCUACAAAUAUCUGUGAAAUCAUGCCUUGCAGAAGAUAAAAGAUACUAUUUAUUAUAAAAAAAAGAUAAAUAUGUUAUACAAUAGACAGGCUAUAGAACUAAUAUAUCUGGUUAAAUAGAUGACACUUGAAUUGAAAUAAUGUUUAAGAGUUAGAGUUACGUGUAUUGAAAUUUCGCUGACGUACCUAUUAGGUUAGUCUUUAUAGUUUGACAAAUGUGAGUUGGUCUUUAAAAUUAUUGGUAUAAAAUAGAACUUUCUUUCAUGUGGAAAUUAGCACAUUUACCAUGAAUAGUUGGAAAAUAUUUCUUGACAGUUUAAAUUAAUGUAUGAUAGAUUAAACGGCCAACUUAUACUUGACACUCUAGUACUAAAACUUGACACAAGACCUAGGUCUUGUCUUUAAAAUAAUUUGUAAUCUGUGCGUGACUUAACGCUUAAUUUUAAAGUUUGUUUCUAAUUUUCAAUAACAUUAAAAUUGAUCUGCUGGACAGAACGUCUUGUAAGACUGUGUUUUGUAUCUUCUUAGAUCCAGUAGAUUUUUAAAAUUUUCGCAUAACAUAGUGUGCUUGCCUUCGUGACUAUCGUAUGUAGUACAAAACUUAUUGGCUAUUAAAACUGUUUCUAGUUGUGGGGAAGAAACGAAUAAAGCAAUCUGUUACUUUCAAUUGAGCAGCGGGCUGCUAAUUAUUGCGAAUGAAUACUCUUUUACUAUUUUUUAGUUUUUUGUAAUAAUCCUUUCUCCACUCCCACACCGAAUAGUACAAUUUGUUUGCAUUCAUUAUGGUUAUGAAACAUCGAUUUGUUUGUGUGUGACAUUGGCGCGUUACAGAGGAUGUGACGAACUUGUAUUCUAUAACAAUAAGAAAAGUCACUUAUGUUUUACGUUCUAUAAAUAAUUAUUUUUCUCAAUAAAUGUGAAUGUAACACAAUAACAUAUAUGAUCCUGAUAGUAAUAUAAUCUUAAUUCUUUGUACACGGUCGCCAAUGUAAACUAAGUGCUGUAAGGCGACAUGAAGUUUUACUGAUAUAAUAGUCAUAGGACACCUGAAUAAAUAGUAACGUUAUAUUAUUAAAUAACGCUGAUUAAUAUUAUACGUAUGGAAUGUAGGAAUAGGUGAAUGUUCACAAUAUGAUUCUAGUCUCCAUAGUCAACAAUAUUUUUACAUUUACACUAUUAAACUCUUGCCACAUUUUUGGCGUGACGGGGCGUAAACACGAAGUAAUUGUUAUAUGGGCAAACGCGCGCAGUGUGACGCGCGCCCAGUCGCGCCAAAAAUGUGACGAGGGCUUCAUCAAUUUGAGGGUCAACUUACAGCACUUACGACGCAAUAAUGCGAGACUCGUCUCACUGCCUGGGAGAUUAUAUUAGUGUUGGGUGGUGACGCCGUCUCGGCCGCCACGCCGUCGCGCGCUUCAUGUGUCAAUAAAUAUGUGGAAAAGUUA